AUGCGCCCCUAUGCGCCAAUACCUUUUACCCUGGUGUUUUAUCUUGCGACUUCCUCAGCCUCCAUAUUGCCUUCGUGGUUUGGACCUCGCGAUGUAUCUCCGGACCUAACUUGUGGGAAUACAGGAUCUGGGAUAGCGGGUUAUACAUGUCCUGAUAACUUAUGCUGUUCUCAAUAUGGCUAUUGCGGUAAUUCGACCGAUUACUGCUCGACCGGUUGUCAAAGUCAAUUCGGUGCUUGUGGUGGGUCCGGCGGAAGUGGCGACGGUGACGGCGAAGGGGAUGGAGAUGGAGAUGGGGGCGGCGACGGAGGUACUUCUCCCGAUUUGACUUGCGGGAAGACGGGCGCCGGGGUAAAUGGUUAUACAUGUCCGUCCGGAAUGUGUUGUUCACAAUAUGGAUAUUGCGGUAGUUCGACCGACUACUGUGCAGAAGGAUGCCAGUCCGCAUUUGGGACGUGUGCGACUGGUACCGGUACUGGCGGUGGCGAUUCUAGCGAUGGACGAUGUGGUCCGGAUUUUGGGGAUGUGGUAUGUGCCACGAUGGAGUGCUGUUCUUCGGCCGGGUAUUGCGGCACGACGGCCGACUACUGCCGCGCUCCGGAUUGCCUUUUCGACUAUGGACCGGCUUGCGAUGCGAACAAAGUUCCCAGCGGCGCCAAUACAUCGACAUUAACCCGGUCUACGCUAGGUAACAUUGCGGUCGGCGGCGCUGGGAUCUAUGACUGCAAGAAUGAAGGUGAGGUUGCUCUGACUUUCGAUGACGGGCCUGCUCAAUAUACGAGCGAUCUCUUGGAUCUCCUGGCGAAGUAUGAGGCGAAAGCCACGUUCUUCAUCACCGGAAUUAAUAAUAAUAAGGGGGAAAUCGAUGACACAAGCCUCCCGUGGCCUUCUGUGAUUCAGCGGAUGCAUAUCGAUAACCAUCAGAUCGCAUCACACACCUGGUCACAUCCAGAUCUUAGCACUCUCACAUCGGCGCAGCGAAAAGACGAGAUGAUCAAAAAUGAGAUGGCUCUUCGCAAUAUCCUAAAUUUUAUACCGACUUAUAUGCGGCCGCCAUACAGCUCCUGCACACAAGCAAGUGGCUGCGAGAACGAUCUAGCCGCGUUGAAGUACCAUGUUAUCUACUUCGAUCUCGAUACCAUGGAUUAUCUCAACGACUCUCCCAGUUUAAUCCAAAACUCCAAGAACAAUUUCGAUGGGUACUUCCAAGGGAAGUCGUCCAACGCAAACGAUGCUCUAAUCAUUUCCCAUGAUAUACACGAGCAGACCGUUCACAAUCUGACCGAAUAUAUGCUCCAAGGUCUUCAGAGUCGUGGCUAUAAGGCGGUUACUGUAGGGGAUUGUCUCGGCGACCCGGUCGAGAACUGGUAUAGGCAGGUUACGUAGGUGGUGGUUCCGUAUAUGCUUCGUAUGUCUGAUAUAGCUGGAGUUCGGGUCGAUUCGGCGUUUAAAUAGGGGCUAUUGUCAAGUUGGGUUUUAGUUAUACAAAGCCAAUGGACUUGGUCCUAUACGUUUUUGACAUCCCAUAUAGAACUUCGUCACGGAGUGGUUUCUACCUGUGCUUGGUGUUUUGUUUUUGUGUUAGGCAGGAAUGGUCAGUGCGCCCUACCUACCUUCACAACCUACAUGGAGAGGUACUUAAGACGGAUACAUAGGGGUGUAGUCACAUAGACUGCCGAGGCAGUUCCCCUGGUAUACCUGGCAUUUGAUCUAGUGAGGCAAUAUAGGGGCACUUAGGUAUGCUACUUAAAAGUUGGGCCGAGCCCUGGCAACGAAUCUGGCCGCAAUCUAAACGUUAACGCAGUACUGCUGUCUGAAAUGG